AUGUCAAACCUUGUGGCAUUAGAACCGUUUGACUGUGACGGCGAUGUUGGGUCAGUCGGUAUCAAAUGGGAAAAAUGGAAGAGAGCGCUAGGAAUUUAUCUGGAAGCAGCCAACAUUGAAAUUCCUUCCAAAAAGAGGGCCACUUUGUUGCAUAUGGGAGGCCUUGGUAUACAGGAAAUAUAUUAUAAUCUGCCCGGUGCCCACGUCUCCAUGGUUAACCCAGGUGAUAUAGACGUAUAUAAAAUUGCUGUAGAAAAACUGGACAAUUAUUUCGCCCCAAAGCAAAGCAAAAUAUAUGAAAGACACAUAUUCCGUCUAUUAAAGCAAGAACCAGAGGAAAAGCUGGAAAAGUUCUUGGUGCGGUUGAGAAACCAGGCUGAAAAGUGCAAGUUUAGUAACCCGGAGGAAAACCUUAUGGACCAAAUCGUGGAGAAAUGUUACUCGGCGGACUUGAGAAAAAAAAUUUUGACCAUUGGUGACACCAUAACACUGGACACAAUAAUCACGGAGGCCAACGCUAUUGAAGCUGUCGGUAGGCAAAUGGAAAAUUUUGGAGAGAAAAAGCCUUCAGUGGAAAUAAAUAAAGUGACAACACAAAAUCGCAGGGCGGACAGCAGCUCGUCAAAAUCUUGUUAUCGCUGCGGCUCAAGAAAUCAUCUAUCUUUUUCUUGCCCAGACAAAGAGAUAACCUGUAGAAAAUGUGGCAUUAUAGGACAUGCCGCUCAACACUGCAGAACUAAGAGUAUCAAAAGGAAAUUCAAAGGAAAAUUCUCUUCUAAAGAAGUAAAGAAACCGAAAGUUAGAAGGCGUAGUCAAGAUGAUGACAACGGAGGGGUUAACUACAUCUUCCAUAUCGACAGCGAUGAGGACAUACUUUGUAAUAUUGGAGGAGUUCCAGUAAAACUAGUGAUCGACUCUGGUAGCAAGUGUAAUAUUUUAAGUGAAGAGACUUGGAAUUACUUAAAGAAGUCGAAAUGUAUUGUAUUCAACCAAAUUAAAAAGCCCAACAAAGUUUUCAUGGCAUAUGCUAGCGACAAACCCUUAGAUAUUUUAGGUAGCUUCAAGGCGGAAAUAGCAAUCAACCACAACAAGCAAAUUGGUACCUUUUAUGUAAUAAAGAAUGGCACGAAAAAUUUGUUGGGGAAAGACACGGCAAAAUUAUUAAGAGUUUUGCGAAUCGGUCUAGAAAACAAAGUACAUGUUAAUGCUCUAUCUGCUUUUCCUAAAUUUAAGAAUGUCGUAAUAAAUAUUCCCAUUGACGAGACAGUAAAGCCGGUGGUUCAACCAUAUCGCCGAAUUCCAAUUCCACUGGAAAAGAAAGUUAACGAAAAAAUCCAGGAAUUGCUUGAUUCAGAUAUAGUUGAGCCAGUGAACGGUCCUUCAAAAUGGGUGUCGCCAAUGGUACCAGUGUUAAAACCUAAUGGAGAAAUUAGAAUAUGCAUCGAUAUGCGAAGAGCAAAUAGGGCAAUAAUAAGAGAAAAUCAUCCUUUACCGACUAUACAUCAAUUAAUACCCAACUUUAGAAAGGCAAAGUUAUUUUCUCGGCUAGAUGUAAAGAACGCAUUCCACCAGAUUGAGAUCAGUGAAAAUUCUAGGUAUAUAACUACUUUCAUUUCAAAUAAAGGUCUUUUUAGAUAUACGCGGUUGAAUUUUGGCAUCUCUUGUGCCCCAGAAAUGUUUCAAAAAAUCAUGGAGAGAAUUCUCUCGUCAUGUAAUGGUGCCAUUGUUUUCAUAGAUGACAUUGUAGUAUUUGGUGAAACAGAAAAUGAACACAAUAUGCGAUUGAAAACAACAUUAGACAUCUUAAAAGAAAACAAUGUUCUAUUAAACAAAGACAAAUGCAUCUAUAAUAUAUCUGUAAUACAAUUUCUGGGGCAUGAGUUAUCUCCAAAAGGCAUCAAACCACUCGAUAAAUAUAUCUCAGUCAUAAAAGCCUUCCGUUCUCCCUCUACAGUUCAUGAACUUCAGAGUUUUCUAGGAUUAGUCAACUAUAUAGGUAAAUGGAUUCCUAAUUUAGCCACUACUACAGAACCUUUAAAACAAAUUCUUCGGCAUAGAUUGGGAAAAAAUGAAGACAUAAGUAAAUAUUGGCAAAAGCCGCAACACAAGGCUUUCCACACAUUGAAAGACUGUUUAUCUAACGUGGCAACGCUUGGAUAUUAUGAUCCGGAAGACAGGACCCAAGUCAUAGCUGAUGCUAGCCCUGUCGGAUUGGGUGCCGUAUUAAUACAAUAUGACUCAGAAGGGCCCCGGGUGAUAGCAUAUGGAAAUAAAAGCCUAUCCGAUUGUGAAAGAAGGUACUGCCAAACCGAGAAAGAGGCUUUGGCGUUAGUUUGGGCCGUUGAGCACUUCCACAUAUAUCUUUUCGGAAAAUUAGAUUUUGAACUUAUAACAGAUCAUAAGCCACUAGAGAUUAUUUUCGGCGAGAAAUCGAAACCAUGUGCUCGCAUUGAAAGAUGGGUUCUGCGGUUACAAGCAUAUAAAUUUAAAGUCAUAUAUCGACCGGGCAAGACUAAUAUAGCGGAUUCACUUUCACGACUGUGCAUUAAUAACGGGCCAAGCGUUUCAUUUGAUGAUGAAGAACACAUUCAACAAAUUGUUGAAUAUUCACGACCCAUUGCUACACCCCUAUCAGAAAUCAAAAGACAUUCACAAUCUGACACUGAAAUUAUGAAAGUUCGCAAAUGGCUAUCCACAAAUCAAUCAGAUGAUGAUAUUAAGCACUUUCAUGCAUUUAAACCAGAAUUAUGCUUUCAUGAUGAGAUCUUGCUAAGAGGAAACAAAAUUGUCGUUCCAAGUAAGCUAAGACCUACAGUACUGCAAGCCGCUCAUGAAGGCCACCCUGGAAUAGUUGCUAUAAAAAAUCGACUGCGAACAAAAGUAUGGUAG